AUGGGCUUCACAACCGGCUUCACUGGCGGAGUGACUCUCACUCUCGGCCUCGCAUACCUCACAGUCGCCGCCCACGAGCGCAACCGCAAAUCCCAAGCCUUAGCCCUACGCUCCCAAUCCCAAGUCCUCACCAGCCUGCUGGACCCAACCCCCCUUCCACCCCCUCAAACCCGCGCCGAGCUCGCCCGAGAAGAACGUAGCACCCUGGUAGAAGCCGCUAAAGACCGGUGGAAUAACGAGAUCGAAAAUGCUGUGCGGUGGGUGCAAAGGACGGAUUGGACUGGAGUGAGGGAGGGGAUGGAGGGAAGUUUGUCGCGGUUACUCGGGGGCGGACUACAAAAGUCGAGGGAGGGCAUUGAGGAGGUGGAGAAGGCAGCUGGUCCUCAGGUCCAGGAGGCCGUUGAUAGAAGUAAGGCUGCGGCGAAGAAGGCGGCGGGUCAAGCUGCCGUUGGUAUCGACAGCGCUGCUGCGGCUACGAUUUCUGGUGCUGAGAGAGUCGGCGCCGAGGUGAAAGAGGGUGCGAGUAAGCUUGCUGCUUCUACGAAGACGAAGACGGAGCAGGUAGUUGGAUCGAGUAAAGAGCAGCUCAGAAGCACCGAGGAGAAGUCUGGGGAGAUACUGGAUGCAGCAAAGGCCAAGUCUGGGAGAGUUGCAACCAAUGCGAAGUCCGCAGCUCAAGAUGCAGCUGAGUCUGUUCGGAGUGGAGGAACUGUCGAUGCAGUGCGCGGUGCGGUAAGGGAGACUUUUUCUAAGGGGGUGGAAAAGGGCAAAGAAGCUAUUGGUAAAGCGUCAGCAGCCAUCGGUCUAGCAGAGGAGAGGCUCGAGUCAAAGACCCAGUAUGCUACUCUGAGCCACUCGUCAGCUGUGGAGAAGGCUCUUCAUGAGAGAUACGAGAAGCCAGCUCCUCUUAAAAAGACGCCGGAGGAGGUUUUGGAGGAACGGUACAAGCCUAUUGAGAAGAGGGACAACACCGUUUUACGGGGGUUUACCAUGGACUAUGUUCAAAACUCCCAAGCGCUUCAUACUGUUUGA